AUGGAGCCCUUACCGGCCACUUUUUAUGGAAAUAUAGACCCGAAGAAUCCCGUGAUCGCCACCUUUGAAAAUGAGAUCAAACAGCUUCUUGGUUUCAUGAAAAAGCUGCAGCGAUCGUCGCUGGGAGACACGCAUCAGGAGGAGCAAAGGAGAGGAUCUAGUACAUUGUUUCAUAUUUGGGUCAAGUAUAAACCUCGACUGCCAGCCUGGUAUUAUCAAGAAAAGCUUCUUAAGGUUGGAGAUAGCCUUGUUCAGAUCAGAGAAUAUAAACUUGCACUCUUUCAGUGCUAUGGACGCUAUCUGGAACAGUUUUGCUCGGCGGACAUUGAUGAAAUUACAGAUGUAGAAAAAUUUAAGGCUACUUUUUUCCCAUCUGGCACGGAUGACAAAAAUGCAGGUUUGACGUUCCAUGCCCUGCAAGGCAGAUGUAUUUGCAUGUACCAGUUGGUGAAGACGAGCGAUGCUGAUCUUCAAAAUCAAGAAUCCAUGAAGAAAUGCCUUAGCAUUUUGUCUUAUCUACAACUCAUCAUGCAGGUUGUCCUUCCACAGGAAUAUCUCUGUUGGUUAAUUUAUAAUGGUACACUUCAUAUAUACACAAUAUGCAGACAUUUAAUGGUAUUGGGACAUUCAUCACAGGCUCUGGAGUUCCUCUUAUGGGCAAGUGCGUGUAUGGAGUCAUCAGUUCCUCUGCUGUCUCUUCACUACCUGAAAUGGAGGGUGACACUGUACACGGCUGUGUGUCAGUGCUACUUUGACUGCCGAGCAGGUGUUCAUGGAGAGGUGUUUGCUCGACGUGCUCUCAGUAAAAUAAGGGAGCUUAGUCAGCUUGAAAAUAUGAGUGAUUCCUCCUACAACGAAGAAGCAAAGAAAGCUUUUAAAGAGUCCACUCUUAAGAUGGCAGUGAUGAUCUUCAAAAGAGCUGUGUUUGAGUCCAGAAGAAAACCAAAGGAAAUUCUUCGCCCAAGACUCAAGAACAAUCUAAAGGAUGCAGAAAAGUUAUCAUGGCCCCGUACAAACACAGAACGGCUGCUAGUAGAGAUGUUUGGCAACAAUGCCACCCAGUUCCUUGCUAUCGUUGAAGCCCUGACAGAUAGUAAUAGACGAGUGCUGCAGGCUGGACCUCCUGUACCUGAUGAACCAGAGAUAUAUGAUGUUAUUGCAGAACUGUUUUUUGCAGGCAUAGAUAUCCUUUCAGGUGGAGGAAUCAAACCUGAGCGUGGCACUGCGGGAAAUAUCCAGGGUGAAUUGGGUAGAUUGCUGAAUGAUGGCUCACUUUUAGAGCUAGCUGUGGAAGAAAAGAAUGUAGUCUCUGCUGAAGCUGUUGUGAAAUUUUUAAAAUUAGCAUUUAGCUAUGAGCACUGGGAAGUGUUUGAUGCCAUUAUACAACCAUUAUACACAUUCCUACAGGCACAAGGCAAAAAAUGGAAGAAAGAAGAAAUGGUUUUUAUGAUACUACUUGCUGCUGAGCCAUUGUUGUCGGGCAAAAAGCAUACCCAUGAUUUAUUAGCCAAGGAUGAUCACAAAUAUAGAUUAAAUAUACCUAAUUAUCUAAAUGUUUUUGGACUUCAAGGCGAAUUUGUGGAAAACAAGAGUUCUGAUGAUUACGUAAGACUAGCAGAAACACUCUUCUGCUGCGUUUGUAACUCUUUACAGGAUGUCCAACCUGACAGAGAUAUUGUUAUUGAUGUUAUUUUAUUUCUGUGGCAAAAAUGCAAGACAGGAGUUCAGAAAUUGCACACUGGCAUAAUUGAUGGAUCCAAAUUUGCACAAAAGUGUGAAUUCAAUAGCAAGUGGAUCUAUAUCCUUUGUCUUGUCUAUGAAGUUAUGCAACAUUCAAGCAUUAUGGAUACAGAUGCUGUAAUACUGGGAGAAGCUGCAUUACGAUUGGCAGGAAUUGCUGAAUCUUUGGCUGAUACCUCUAAGAAAUCUGGAAGAAAGUCAGAUAUGCUUUACGUUAAAAGCAUCAUGCACAACUAUGUGCAACUGCCAGAGUACUUGGAAGUACUUCAUACCUUCAGGCAUUGCAUGGUGUCUGAGUGGCCGAUUUCUAGGUCCAAGCACUAUCACGUGCGGAUGUGGGACAGGUCACAUGAAAAAGACAACAUGGACUUGAGUAAUCUAAGAAAUAGACCUGGUUUUAUGAAGAAAACCCCAGUUACCCAGCUGAUCUUUGCAUAUGAAACUCUAGAAAAAGCAAUUAAAGGGCUGUCAGUGUCACGUUCACAGGACUCUGUAAGAAAUGGAGGAUCAGUAGUUGAUCACUACGUCAUGAAGUUGGGUAUAAAGAAACAGCAUGAAGAUAACACAGCUGAAGAGCAGAGAGGCUCCUCCAAGUCACUCACACAUAAUGUGACGAUGAUGGAUUUACAGCUUGAGCUAAUUGUGGCUCAACAUCGUGUGUCAGUCAAAAUCCUCAAUUGUCUGCAAAUGGCUGGUGAACAAAUACGAUCAGCUAAACACUGCAGCCACAACAAAAGCAGUGAGUCUACAAGUUUCUACACAGAAUCAGAGAUACUUGAUAACAUCAACAAGAAUAAUCUGUCCAAAGCCAUCUUUUUAAUGCAGAAGGCACUAAUGUUUAAUAAGGGACUAGAUGGUUCUCCUAAUAAGUUUCUAGAGGAGUCAGAAAAACUAAUUCAACAGGCUGAAACUGAAGAGAAUGCAGUCUUUUUAUCUUGCAUUAAACAAUCAGAAUCAAAAAAUGGAAAAAUGACCAUUCCUCCUCCACCCAUCUUGAUUCGCAGAACAGAAAAUUCAAUGGUGUUUAAGCCAGCUCCUUUCAAAUCUGACAUAAAGGUGGCUUGGUACUGCUUGUUUGGGCGCUGUGUUACUGGACCCAAUUUAAAAGUAAGGCUAAAUGAUCACCAUCUUCCUGAAACAGGAGUGGAGGUUCCAGCAAAUAGCAAGACCUUAUUGGAGGCUAGGGGCCUGAAAAAAAAUGAAAGGUACAUCUUUGCUGUAGCGGCGUAUUCAAGAGAUGGACGCCUCAUUGGGGAUUCAGUUGGAGAAACAACUAAACCAAUCCUUGCCUUUCCACCUCUGUCUUUGCCUGCCACAUGGGCCUACCUAGAACAGAGUGCGUAUCAAGUUGGCAACUAUAAAGUGGCUAAGAAGGCAUUCUCUGUGCUGUGGAACUACUUUGUUGUGUCGCCAGUCCCUGCAUCUACUGAUCUGGCUAUAUCAGAAAACAGGGAAGGUUAUAUACAUCAGAUGAGAUUGUGCAAUGAUGCCAUAUCAACGUCUUCUCCCAUUCUGCUGCAACUCUUCCUUGGAAGUAUUUUUGCAAUGAGUGAAAUAAACAUAAAAGAAGGAGCACUGUUUUGUGACUCUCUUUGUGAUGGAGGUAUACUUCGCAAGGGGCAACUUUGUCGGAUAGCUGAAUGCAAAAGAUUGUUAGUGGCUCUUGAUGUUAGUACCUUGCUGAGCGAUGCCAACUAUGCCCUUCAAGCUGUUGUUCAAUGCUAUGGUCUGAUUGCUCCAGUAAUCUAUCACCGAAUCCCUUCUGUUCCAGUAGUGCAGAUCCUAAUUAAAUGCUUGGCAGUUUUUCAAGAGAUCCCCAGCAGCACCUGGCAGAAAAAACAGGCUGGCGUAACAGAGGGCGUAAUGCACAUGACAGCCUGCAUCGUGUAUUAUGUAGCCAAGGUGCUCCGUUCUUGGGAGGAAUAUAAAAUGGCAGCAUCUGUAAUAGAAACUGGAAAAAAGUUACUUGAUGUUAUAGAAAAUACAACAAGCUAUGUCCAAGCAUUUCAGUUAAAAUCGAACUGUAGUGAUGACGUUGAAAAAACAAGGGAUGGAGGAGAAAAAGAAAAGGGAUCCUUUCCCAAAAAGCAUCAGAAAAAGAAGCCAGUUAUUACGAAAAAGGUUAAUGAACAGUUGUCUGCACUAGAAAAUAGCUUUCUAAAAUUGACUAAACCAGUAACUGGAACAGAGCUUACUGGACAUGGGGAUCCUAUACGCCUUUUUUCAGUAGUAACAUGUUGGGCCCCAAACGCAGCAUUUACAGAAAUCAUGAAAUUUAAGAAGAAAUCUCGUUUCCUGGAAUUUUUUGUUCAUUUGUUGCAGCGAGUGUUAUCAGAGGAAAAACAUCAGAAGGUACUUGAGUGGACAAAAACUGUCCUCGAAUAUUUGAAAAGGAGGAACGAAAAAAUUCUUGGAAAAAAACAAAGUGAUGAAGCAGAUGUGCCAGCACCAAAUGACUCUUUUAGAAGAUACACAACUACCCUUGUGGAGUAUCAGAAGGAACAGUCACCAUCAACAGUCAAGCAUACGAGAAAGCAAAAUGUGACAAAAAGAGCAGAAAAUGUCAAAGCACAGCCAAAAAAGAAGACUCAGAAAUUGCAUCUUCACAAACUUUCAGAAGAAGAACUUGAAAAAAAAGCUUGUACAACCUUGACCGUACUGCUGACACAUAUUGUUGGUAGAUAUAUAAAACGUAGGAGACUUAUACAAGCCAGCAUAGAAGAAAUGCCAUGGAGAGCUCAAAUGAAUCUAAUCCUGGCACUAACUCACUUCAGCUUGUUUAAGAAAAAGCUUAGUCAGCUGUGCAGUGAAGAACUGGUGUGUACCCAAAGCAUUAACAGACUUCUAGAUCCUGAAUUAUUCACUUUGCAUCAUGCUGGCACUGUCGUCAUGGCAACUGAAACAAAAGCUGCGGAUGAGCAAGUGUCUAGCCCAGGUCACCUUCAUCCCUCACUUAAACUAGAUCUUCCACCAGAUGCCAAGCUAACGGACUCAGCUGACUAUUCCGAGCCCAGUACAAACCGAAGUGAUAUGGAUACUCCUCGCACUCAGAUGACCAAUGACACUGAAACAUCAUUCCCAUCUAUAAAAGAGCAAGUAAAGUUAAACAUGUCUUCAAUUAUACUUCUGGAGCAUCUUGGGAAGGUUUUUGAUCAUCUCAAAAAAGCAAUGGUUCUUGCACAUCGAGGAAGACACUGGACAUUACUCCAGAAUGUGUGUCGUGUACUCUGGAACCUUGUUCUUGAAUUGCAAGUGACUGCUAAAGGAUUUGAUACCACUAAAGGAUUCUUUCCAAUCACAAAGGACCUCCUGAACCAUGAAAUAUGGAUGCCAUUGUACUUUGCAGCAGACUCGAUCCUUGACAUGAUAGUUGCCCUGCAAAACACUGACUCUUUGAAGGUUGUUGAUGAGAAUGAAAAGUUCAGUGUGCCCAGCUGUAUUGGUGGCAUUGCCGAUGAAGAAGGUGGAUCGAAUCUUACUUUUGAUUACCCCUUUGAUGAUGUCACAGUAACUGACAUGCGUUGGAUGUGUGAUCUGGUUCUAAAAGCCAUAGAAGUUUUAUAUUACAUGAAAAGAUGGGGAACACUGAUUCAUGUAGCAGUACAGUUCAAUAUACUGACUCAUGAAAGAUUUACUGAGCAAGUAACCCCACUCCUCGUUUAUGCACAGAGGAUGCUGGUUGGCAGUAUUUCUGAACCAAAAGGGCCAUGUGAUUCUUCCAUCAACACACAACCGGGCAACAGUGAUGACAAGAUGCAUUGCAGGAAUUAUAUAGGGAAACAGCCUCAUGUUGGCAGAGUGUGUAAUAAAGUGAGGAAUCCUGGAGCCGAUAUUGAUCGGAAGGGACACAUUGUUCAUUCAGAUAGUAGAAAACCUAAGACACCUACAUGUGUGCCAGUGGAUGUGAUGGACACAUUUUCUUGCUUCCGUGAUAGUCUUCAGAAAUCGAAAUAUUCAAGCAGAGCACUUAAACACAGCAGAAAACUACUAAUGUUAUUUCUUGCUUACAGUCAAGACUUUAAUGUACAAGAAAGGCUUAGCAGUAUGCACACCUCCUACGGAAAAGUCGGUUUCUCCACGGGAGCAUUGCAAGCUCACCAGUCUGUCCCUCCAGACCUUUCAGAAGAAGAAUUUGUGUCUGUGUAUUCUAUUGAAAACAAGCCAAUCCCUCCUUCACAACUUUCAGUUGUUAUAGCUUCCUAUGACAAGACUAUUGAAAUCCUCCAUUCGGGCAGACAGCAGGGCCUUAAAGCACAAGCCCUCCAUGAACUUGGCAAUCUAUAUAUGUAUACAGGGAAUAAAAGAGCUGCUUUCAAAUGCUGGUGUCAGGCCCUUGAUGAAACACUCAACAUGUCUGAUGCUCUUAAUUCAUGGCAAGAACUUGAUGGUUCCCCAGACAGCCUAAGCAGCGAAAGAUCUAAAGAUUACAGUGAGAGAUUUCUAUCCCAAGCGGGAAUUUGGGGUUGUUUGCUGGCUGCUGUCAUUGCUUCUAAAAUGUCUCGUUACAUCUUGACAUCAAAUGUCAGAAAGAGAACAGAAUGCUGUCUGUUCUCAGCUUUACUUUUCAAGUCAUUGUUUUACGUGUCCCUGCCUCAUCCAGAGGAAGACCUUGAUUAUGCAACAUAUGAGAUUGGGGAAGGAUGUAAGAUAACUGAACUUAUUCCAGGGAUUGACCUGUUUUCUGAUCGGCACAGAGCAGAUGUCAACACUGUUGUCUCCAGUCUGGGUUUUCUUAUUUCAGAACUUUAUUCAUUUGCUCAGAAUCUCAUGGUUUUGCCUUUGCUUACUUUGUACCAGUAUUUUGCUUCUACAGUAUGCCGUGACCCUGUCAAAUGCGCAGAAGGAAGGCUUUUAAAGAUUAAAGUGCUCGCCGAUUUGCACCUUUUUUCUGAGGCACUCUAUGAAGUUUUGCUACUUAUUCAUGGAAAACGAAUUCCCAGAAGACCUCAUGAAGGAUUCUGCCCUGGAAAGCCUUUGGCAAAUGUGAAAUUCUCACCCUCAAAGACCCUCCUCUACAAUGAAAACCUACAGGCUAUUGAAGAAAUUCUCAACAGAAAAUACAGCACAAGUCUGCUCUCCGCGUGUGAUCAGAUUGCUGUAAACAAGCUAACAUUGGCUAAAACACACUUCAUUAUCAAGCUGGCUUCAACAAUUAAUACCAUUCCUGAAGUGGUUCAGAAGUCUGAUGGAUUUGUGACUGAGAAAAGCACAGAGCAUCAAGGUAAAAGCAAGGCAGACAUUGCUGAAUCUAAAGAUGAUGAUGAUGAUGAUGAUGAUGCACCAGUGCAACUAACUUCAAAGCAAGACCUCACCCUAUCAAUGCUAAAGGAUAUUUUAUUAAAUGAGGCCGAAAAAAGAGUGACACCAGUUCUUCAGGAUAUAAAAGUCAAAUGCCAGAGUCAAUUCUCUGAGUGUUCUGCAGAGGACCUGGAGAUGGCAAUUCAGACAAAACUUCAACUCUCUGAAAUAGCACAGGAGAAGUGUAAUAUGGCAGUAAGUGUGGCUAUGGCAUUUUCUGCCCUGAAGAUACUCCAGGAAGCAAAAAUAUUUACAGAGAAGAACGCAUCUCCAUCACUUCACCGGUCCACUCCAAGGAAUGAGCAGACCAAUAACCACACUGGUAUUCAGCCUGGUGUUUCAGAAGCCAGGGAACGCCUUAACAUGCACACAUGGCUGCGAUGUCGUCUUGCCCUUGUCACAAGUCUUGUAAAGCAGAUUCGGGGCUUAGCAAUAAAAGAUCAAGACAUGCUUGAUGGCUCAGCUCUAAUAACUGAGGGCAUUGUAGAGUCGGAAACACUCAAUGACUAUGAGAUUCAGGCUCAGUUUAUGCUACAAGCAGCUUUCCUUGAUAUUCAAGAGAGGCAUCCCAAACGAGGUGUUCAGCUUCUUCUGCAGAGUAUAAUCCACUUGCUGCAAGGAAAGCGGUUCAUUUCUCCCAUGGCACGUCUAACCCUUGCUCAGAGCUUGAUUCUUUCAGCUGACUUAAUGGAAAAUAAUGAGGACCAGCAAUUGGUUUGGUCAAAGCAGCUAAACAUUUUCACUUCAGUCCACAAACUUAUCAACAAACAACUUGCUUGUCUUGGAGAAACCGCAGAGCUUGAUAUAACAAAUCCAUCGCUGCCACAUUUCAAGAAUAUCUACUUGCCACACAUUUCUCUUCUGGCUAAAAUAAGAAUGAGGAUUGGACGAGUGCUGACUCUCCAAGCCUGUUCUACGCCAGAAACAUCUAUUAACUUAUCGGAGUUCUCACCAAGUUUGAAUCUAUACAAAACAGCAUUAGAGAUGUGUAGAGGUGCCUCAUUUAGAGAAUAUGACUUGGAAGCAGAGUUACUUUUCCUAAAAGGUAAGACAGAGCAUCUAAUGUUUCUCCUUGGAGACCAUGAAAAAUCUAGAGCCAUCCAAUCCUUUUCUGAGGCUAUAAAUGUGAGCAGCAAUUAUGAUCAUAACUUAAGUUUAAUAAGAAAAGCUUACCUGGAAAUAGCUCUAAUAUAUAUUUACAUGUCCAAUCUGGAAACAAACAAACAUACUAUAACCCUUCGAACCACGAAAACACCAGAUGCGCCAACAUCAAAAGGAAAGGCAGCUGAAGUGCUGGCAAAGGAAGGUGGGGAGAGAGCAUUGAGCCAAAUGGAGUUCUACAGACUGCUGGCAUGGAUUGCAAUAAGAACUGCUACUCAGGUGGGUGAAGCCAUGCUGGCAUAUAAACAGCUGAUUGGAGAAAGCAAUGUUGCUGUGCAGACUAUUGAUCCCAGUUUGCAUCAGAACAUACCAUCAUUUGCUUGUAUAGAUCUUCUAGCAAAUUACAAGGAAUACUUACAAGGUUCUCAAAAUUGCACUGAAAAAGAGGAAGAAAUUGCUGGAUAUCAUGCAACAGAAAAGCUUCCUAUAGGGGAGCUGUCUUGGGUUCAUAUCAUCCGCUAUCAGAAUCACCUAAUGAGGCUGAAGAACAUUCUCACCCUGACAGGUUUUUCAGAGGCAAAUGAUGGGAAAGUGUCUGCUGGUGACACAUUGUACACAUCUGUUUUUGGUAACGGGAUUACAGUACGCUAUGCAGGGAUGCAUCUGUUCCUCAAGAAGUAUCUUUAUUCUUACUCCACCUGCUGUGUGAUUGACUUCCCUGCAGAACUUCUCUGGGGACUGGAGAACAAGUCAACAGUAUUUCACAUUCCAUCUAAGGAAAGUUUAAGAAGUAAAGAAUCCCAUCCAAAAACACCGGUGAAAUCUUCUUCUAGUGUGUCAGCCAAUAACAAAGUAGAAAGUGAACAAAUAGCGACAAAUGCUGUAGACAAGGAGUUGUGUAUACAGUGGUGUUCUCCAUCUUUAGAGAAGUCAGGACACAUUAAUCCCAUGGUGUUACUAAUGUAUGCCUACAACAAGCAGAGUAUAGAUGUUAGAGACCUUAGAAAGUGUGAUCCAAAUGAACUUCAGUGUGGCUACAUUCAGAUUUCUUUGCCAUGUGUUCUGUUGCUACAAGAGAAGUUAAGUUUUCUAAGGCAGAAGGCAGAACUCUCUCUCCCUCCUGUAACAGAUGCCCCUGGACAGCAGAAAAGAUCCACUCAUACUGCUAAAGAGAGGCUUAACCUUACACCAGUCACGAUCACACAAGAGUUACAGACAGUGAUCUUGAAAUGCUGUAAUGAAGCUCAGUGUUUGCUGUCUUCUACUACCGAUCCACCAUCACUAACUCAGGCUCCAUUUGACAUCACUUUGCCAUCAUUAAUCAGACUGGAGAGAGUCUUUGACCUGACUCAUGGCUGUAUGUUAAUGAAGGGAAGCCUAUUAGAUUGGGUAGUGUCACAGUUUACCUGAGCUAUACUAUGUUUUCGCUUAUUAUUUUUAUUUAUUGUUUUAUCUUUUUCAGAUAU